AUGGCGUCCGGGAGCGGUUCGGAUGCUGCGGAGUCGGCAGAGCCUGCCGCGGCGACAGGAACAGCGGAGAAAGAGGAGGAGAUUGAGAACCGGGUGAAGAGGCAACGCCUUCAGUGCAUGGGGUUCGCGUUGGUGGCGAACUGCGACACCACGAUGGCCCACACCUUCCUGUCGGAGAACGACUGGCAGAUGAAAAAAGCGCUGAACGCCUACUUCGAACCUCCAGGGAACGACCCCGCGUGGCCACGCGUGCCUUCGACGUCCUGCAAGUCCGAGGCCUGUGUUGAUCUCACCGUCGAGGAUGCAAAUGAUGCCACCAUUUUAGAGACGAGUCCAGAUGGAGCUGCUCUUGAAGACAGCAGCAUUGUCUCUUUCAUUUCCUGGAAUAUUGAUGGAUUAGAUGGAAGCAAUCUGCAAGAGAGGGCCCGAGGAGUGUGUUCCUGCCUAGCUUUGUACAGUCCAGAUGUCGUAUUUCUACAGGAAGUUAUUCCCUCAUACUGUUGCUACCUAAAGAAGAGAGCAAGCAGUUACACGAUGAUCACAGGUAAUGAAGAAGGGUAUUUCACAGCUAUACUGUUGAAGAAAGGAAGAGUGAAAUUUAAAAGUCAGGAGAUUGUUCCUUUUCCAAAUACCAAAAUGAUGAGAAACCUUCUUUGUGUGAAUGUGAGUUUGUGUGGAAAUGAAUUUUGCCUUAUGACGUCCCAUUUGGAGAGCACUAGAGAACAUUCUGCGGAACGAAUAAGUCAAUUAAGAACAGUUUUUCAGAAAAUGCAAGAGGCUCCAGAUUCAACUACUGUUGUAUUUGCAGGAGAUACAAAUUUAAGAGACCAAGAAGUUACCAAAUGUGGUGGUUUACCCAACAAUGUUUUCGAUGUCUGGGAAUUUUUGGGCAAACCUAAACAUUGCCAGUAUACAUGGGAUACAAGAGUAAAUAAUAAUCUCAGGAUUCCUGCUGCUUGUAAGCAUCGUUUUGAUCGAAUAUUUUUCAGAGCAGAAGAGGGCCACCUUAUUCCCCAAAGUUUAGACCUUGUUGGGUUGGAAAAAUUGGACUGUGGUAGAUAUCCUAGUGAUCACUGGGGUCUGCUGUGCAACUUUGAUGUAGUAUUGUAAAAAGCUUCCCAAAUUCAAGCCUGUUACAUGCUUGUUGGCUGUAGUUUUGGAUCUGUACAGAUAUCAACCUUUUAGGAAAGCUAGGUUUAAUACAGAGAAACUAAUAAACCGAUCAUUAGUACAGCAAAAACAGUUUUGUUUUACUUUGUAGCUUAUAUCCUCGAAGUUAAGAAUUGGUGUUUAUACUAAACCAAAGCAU